AUGGCAGACUACGUUUCAAGACACCCUGUUCAGCCAGCAACAGAUGCGAGAGAUUUGUCAGAAGAAAAUGUGAACUUCAUCGCCCUGGAGUCUUUGCCACGGGCAAUAGAACUAGAUGAUGUGAAACGAGCCACACUAAAUGACAUUACUUUACAAAAGGCCAUUGAUUUUACUAGGAAUGGUGACUGGUACAAGAUGACGAAUCUGAAACAGGACGAAGCAGAUCUCGAGGAACUGACAGCAAUCAGUACAGUGCGAGACGAACUUACUGUUCACAGUGAUAAUAUUCUGCUACGAGACACACGCAUUAUCUUACCAAAGGCCCUUCGUGACAGGGCUAUAGACAUCGCACAUGAAGGUCAUCAGGGGAUGGCAAGAACAAAAGCUUUUCUUAGGUCAAAAGCAUGGUCUCCUGGUAUGGAUGGAAGAGUUGAAAAUCGAGUCACGAACUGCUCAGCCUGUCAACUCGUUACUCCUGAACGUCAUACCAUGGAGCCGUUGAAAAUGUCGGAACUACCUGGUGGACCUUGGGAGAAUUUGAGUAUCGACUUCUGCGGACCAUUACCCAGUGGAGACUAUUUAUUUGUGAUAAUUGACGAGUAUUCGCGUUACCCAGUAGUCGAGAUUGUGAAAUCCGUCUCUGCUAAGUCCGUCAUACCUGUAUUGGACAAAGUUAUAAGUGCAUAUGGAAUACCCAAGAUAAUAAAGAGUGACAAUGGGAGCCCAUUCCAAUCAUAUGAAUUCAGAAGAUAUGCAGAACAUAUGGGAUUUAUCCAUCGGAGGAUAACACCACGAUGGCCCAGAGCCAUUGCUCAAGCCGAAAGUUUUAAUAAGCCGUUAAUGAAAGCUGUGCGCUCCGCUCAUAUUGAGGGACUUAACUGGCGGCAAGAGUCGUAUCGCUUUCUCAGACAAUAUCGUGCCACGCCACACUCAUCUACUGGACAUACACCUUUCAUGUUACUGUUCAAUCGGAAUCCGAAGACAAGGUUACCAGUAACCACUCACAGAGAUUCGACUCCGAACGACUUUCAAGUUAGAGAGAAAGAUAGCAAGAAGAAAUUUGACAUGAGAAGUUAUGCAGACAAGCGAAAUCAAGCAAAGGAAAGAGACAUUAGUGUAGGAGAUUCCGUCGUGAUGAAAAAUGAAAAACGUGGUACGAUGCAGCUAUACUUUUCAUAUGAGCCAAAAACCGUUACGGACAAGAAAGGAUCCAUGAUCACCGUGGACAGGGAAGUAACACGCAACAUGUCACAGUUCAAGAAAAUCAAUUCAGCAGUAAAUAAAGAGUUGGAGAACAGAGCAAGGAUGCAGGAGAAUAAUUGUGAGGAAAUCGAGUUAGAGAUGCACAGUUCUAAAGCGGAUUUAGAAGAUAGUGUUGUGAAACAGUCCAAAACCAGCCCAUCCGUGAAGAACACAUCUCAGAAACCUGCUGUGCAACCCUUGAGGCGAAGCCAAAGAUCGAAACAGCUUCCUGUAAAUCUUAAAGAUUUUGUGUUAAACUGA